CCUAGACCAAAUGUCUACAUCUUGGUAGGUCCAAGGGUAAGUCCCCAGAAUUACUGGCCUUGUAUUACUCACCCCACCCACUUCUGAGAGCUUAACCAAACAUUUGAUUAGUUGUUUUAAUUCCGAAUUUGAGGACAAGUGACGUAGUUGAUAUUGGGGUAGACACAUGAUAGAACAUCUGUUAUGCCAAAUAAUUGGCACGGCAUUUGCCAAAAAAAUUUUACUACAAAAGGGGCCCCGAACAGAUCAGUCAGCAUCGAAAGCACUACAAGCAACAACCAAACACUAAUCAUGCAGUCCAACAAAGUUCUCUUCCUUGUCUUUGGUGUCCUGGCCCUGGUCAUAGCCGCUAGCCUAUCCUCUGAGGCUGUGGAGCAGGAUAGCGAAGGUAUCAGUGAUCGUCGCUAUCGUUGGGCUUCGGAAGAGGACAACUCCGAGGACUCGGAAGACUCAGCUGAUGCCGAGGACGAUCAAGAUCAGGGAGAUCAGGAUGAUCAGGGUAACAAUUCUGAUGAGGAUGAUCAGGGUAACAAUUCUGAUGAAGAUGGCGAGUGGGAAGAGGAGAUUAUCGAAUACGUACCAGCCGGAGAGUCCUGGGAAGAUCUGGAGAAUGGAUCUGAUGAAGCUUAAGCUUAAGCUGACUUAAAUUUUUAUCAAUAUUUUUUUUUUAAUUUAUAACUAUGUAUACAUGUU